AUGUAUUGUUUACAGUGGUUGAUUCCCGUACUACUUAUUCCUAAGCAUUGGCUUCAUCCAGCGUUCAUUAUUGACCAGGCAUUUUUCAUGUGGUUUUAUGUAGUCGGCUUUUUCAUGGAAAGAAGGCCUUGUUAUAUAUGCUCGAUUAUAUUUUUCACAGCCGUUGGUUUGUUGUGUUGGAGUGAUAGUGAUUCCUGCAUAUUUUGGCCUUCGUGUGAUACAGUUUUCAAUGGAGAAAUGUGCUCAUAUGUUCUUGAAAAAAGGCAGUGGUUGGCAUAA